AUGGAGGGGGAGGAGAAGCCGGUGGUGGGCGGGGCCUACUGGGGCGUGAGCGCGAGGGCGUGCGACUCCUGCGCCACCGAGGCGGCCAGGCUCUUUUGCCGCGCCGACGCCGCGUUCCUCUGCGCCGGCUGCGACGCGCGCGCGCACGGCGCCAGGUCGCGCCACGCCCGGGUCUGGCUCUGCGAGGUCUGCGAGCACGCGCCCGCGGCCGUCACGUGCAAGGCCGACGCCGCCGUGCUCUGCGCCUCCUGCGACGCCGACAUCCACGCCGCCAACCCGCUCGCGCGCCGGCACGAGCGCGUCCCCGUUGCGCCCUUCUUCGGCGCGGCCGCCGACGCGCACAAGCCUUUCGUGUCGUCGGGAGCCCAGGCCGCUGCCGAGGACGACGGGAGCAACGACGCCGAGGCGGCGUCGUGGCUGCUCCCCGAGCCCGAUCACAAGGAUGGCGCCAACGGUGCUACCGCCGACGUGUUCUUCGCGGAUUCCGACCAUUACCUCGACCUCGACUUCGCGCGGUCAAUGGACGACAUCAAGGCCAUCAGCGUGCAGCUCAACGGCCAGCCCGAGAUCGACCUCAACGGCGGCAACAAAGGCUUCUACUCCGACCACUCCAUGAACCACAGCGUAUCCUCCUCUGAGGCGGCGGUGGUCCCGGACGCGGCGGCGGCGCCGGUGGUGAGCCGCGGGAGGGAGCGGGAGGCGCGGCUGAUGCGUUACAGGGAGAAGCGCAAGAGCCGGCGGUUCGAGAAGACCAUCCGGUACGCGUCCCGCAAGGCGUACGCCGAGACGCGGCCGCGCGUCAAGGGCCGGUUCGCCAAGCGCACCGGCACGGCGGACGCCGACGCCCUGGAGGAGCACGAGGAGAUGUACUCCUCGGCCGCGGCCGCCGUCGCCGCGCUCAUGGCGCCAGGCCCCGACCACGACUACGGCGUGGACGGCGUGGUGCCGACCUUGGUGUGA